GUGUCUUCAAACAGCAGAACUGGAGGAGACAGACGCGCGCAUACAUGCACUAAAAAAAAGCAUCUCAAGAGACGGAGUGUUCGGCAAACUGAAUGAAAAGCACGACGACUAUUAACUGGUCGAUCACCGACACCAGAGGGAAACUUUAACUUCAACUUUAAACGCUGUGAAUAUGAAGUAGAGCGCCGCGUAAAACCUUGCGUAAUUGCGCGCGCAACAACUUUUUUUUAAUAGUUAUUUAUUCUUUUUUAAGCGAACUCUUUUAUUAUUAUUAAACAUGAAUGCUUCGGAUAUUUUUUGCGAUUCCGAUUUUGCAAACUCCUCCAACAUUUCGUGCGUGAACCGGACCGUCCCGUCCUACAGCAUCAUAGACAUCGCGUCUUUCAUGCACAUUUUCCCCACCAUCUACGGCGUCCUGUGCUCGGUCGGGGUUCUGGCCAACAGCCUCGUGAUUUACGCCGUGGCGUCCUGCAAGAAGAAGAUGGUGUCUGAUAUUUACGUGUUGAAUUUGGCCAUCGCAGACCUGCUGUUCUUGCUGGUGAUGCCCUUCAAUAUCCAUCAGCUGGUCCGAGACAGGCAGUGGGUGUUUGGGCACUUCAUGUGUAAAGCUGUGGUUGUGGUGGACGUCAGUAACCAGUUUACCACAGUGGGCAUCGUGACUGUGCUAUGCAUUGACAGAUACAUCGCAAUCGUACACCCUACGUCUGAAAAGAGAACCAUCCAGUGGACCAUCAUCAUUAAUAUCAUGGUAUGGGUGGGCAGUUUCCUCCUGAGCAUCCCGGUCAUGAUUUACGCCAAGGUGAUCUCCAAGAAGAGCAUGGACAUCUGUAUGAUUAACCUGGACGGGCCUCAGGAUAUGUAUUGGUACACGCUCUACCAGUCCAUGCUGGGAUUUAUGAUCCCGCUCAUCAUAAUCUGCACGUUUUACACUCUGACUCUGUACCAUGUGUUUCGCUCCAUCCGUCGUGUCAAACGCAAGCAGUCAGUCUGGGCCAAACGUGCCACCAAAACCGUUCUGAUGGUGAUCGCGUUGUUUUUAGUCUGCUGGUCUCCAUAUCACGUCAUCCAAGUGAUCAAUCUGAGUAUCCAGCAUCCCACCAGUGCAUUUGUGUACGCAUACAACAUCAGCAUCUGCCUGAGCUACUCUCACAGCUGCAUCAACCCGCUUAUGCUACUGCUUUUCGCCCAAAACUACAGAGAUCGGCUCUGUCAUCGGAAAGAGUUACGCUCGCAGAUCAGCUCGUCUAAAACUACGGUAAAAACCGACGGCGGCUCCAGCGUCAGUCCAGACACCAGUCAUCGCUGCACAGUCAUCUAAACCAGGAGAAACACUAAUACAGCAUGAUUCUCAAAGGGGAAAACUGUGAAAUUAAUGACUCCCAUGCUAAAGGAGUGGAUCAGCACUCUGGAAAAGUGACUGCUGUUUGUUGUAUACUGUUAAUUUAUUUGUUGUCGUUGGUUUUUUGAAUAGUUCGCCUAAAAUUGACAGUUCUGUCAUCAUUUAUGGAUCGUCAUAGAAUUAAAAUUUCUUUAUUGCUUAUAUAGAAAUGUGAUAAUAUAUGCCAUGGGUUUCAAACUCAACUCCUGGAGGUCCACAGCUCUGCACAGUUUUGCUCCAACCCUCGUCAAACACAGCUAAUCCAACUAAUCAAGGUGAUCCAACUAAACAAGGUGUUCUCGACUGCAAGACAUUAGAGACGUUUCUCAAUACCAAGUACACAAAGUUCAGACAUGCCAAGUUCAGACUUUGAGGAACGAACUAUGGAGGACACAAAUCGGGUACUUCUUCAAAUGCAACGGCAGUGCACUUUGUAACGUCACUUACCUCACCGUGAAUUCGGUUUCACUGUAAAUUAACUAUAAAAUUAUGUAAAGAGCCCCUAUUAUACAUUUAAAGGGAUCAUAUUUUGGUUUUGGGGGUCUCCAACAACAAGAGACCCCCUGUUUUUGCAUGCAAGGUCAAAAAAACCAUUUCAUUG